AUGGGUUCUUCCCACAAUUGCACAUACUUUUCACACUUCGCAGCCUCAGUGCUCAACCUCACCGGCAGAACUGACAAAAUUGUGUUAGGGGACCUUCGCUUGAACUUGGAGGUCGAACUCCCCAAGUUGCGGGGCUCACCCGCACAGGAGCCGGAGGAAGCUCCUGGAGGUACCAGUCCAGCCAAAAGUCCAGCCAAAGCGGCUCCUGCGGCUCCUGCGGCUCCUGCUCCUGGAGGUACCAGUCCAGCCAAAAGUCCAGCCAAAGCGGCUCCUGCGGCUCCUGCUCCUGGAGGUAGCGAAAAACCAAAGGAGGCGCCCACAGGCAACAAGACGAAUUCCAAGACGGCCCUGCCAGCCGGCUUGGUGGCUGUGGGCACAGGCUCACAAAUUUGUGUGCGAAACUUGCCCAAGGAUACAAAGGAGGAAGAUCUCCGGAAACAAUUCAAAGGCUUUGGUAAAAUCACCGACGUCUCUGUGAAAACAUUCGAGACCGGCGAAGGGAGAGGAUAUGCUUUCAUCACCUUCAAAAAGCUCGAGGAGGCGCAAAAAGCCAUUGAGGGAAUGCACGAGAAGCCUCAGCCCGAGGGCAAGCCGCUGUUGGUGACCAUGGCGGUGCAUCAACCCGGAGAAGGGAAAGGAAAAGGAAAAGAUGGAGGCGAGAAAGGCAAAGGCACAGGCAGCAAGGUGUCCAAGACGGCCGCCCUGCCAGCAGGCUUGGUGGGCACUGUGCCCACUGCUUCCGCCGCCACCGAAGGUGGUAAAAAACCAAAGAAGGAGGUGCCCACAGGCUCUCAAAUUUGUGUGCGAAACUUGUCCAAGGACGCAAAGGAGGAAGAUCUCCGGAAACAAUUCAAAGGCUUUGGUAAAAUCACCGACGUCUCUGUGAAAACAUUCGAGAACGGCCAAGGGAAAGGAUAUGGCUUCAUCACCUUUAAAAAGCUUGAGGAGGCGCAAAAAGCUAUUGAGGGAAUGCACGAUAAGCCACAGCCGGAGGGCAAGCCGCUGUUAGUGACGAUGGGAACUCGUCAACCCGGAGAAGGGAAAGGAAAAGGAAAAGAUGGAGGCGAGAAAGGCAAAGGCAAAGGCAAAGGCGGCAAAGGCAAAGGCGAAGCACAGGGACAGUAUCCUUACGGCAACUAUCCGUACUCGCAGGAACAGGGCAAGCAGCUGUCGCUGACCAUGGCCACCCGUCAACCCGGAGAAGGAACCGGGAAAGGAAAAGAUGGAGGCGAGAAAGGCGGCAGAGGUGACGGGCAGCCAAAUGCGCCCGCGCCGUAUCAGUAUCCUUACGGCUACUAUCCGUACUCGCAGGAACAGGUUCAGGCCUGGGCCAUGCAGCUGCAGUACUAUCAACAAGCUCAACAGGCACAACAGGCUCAACAGGCCCAACAGGCCCAACAGGCUCUGCAGGCUCAGGCCUACUAUCGCGGCUUGACCGGUGGCGUCAUCAUCCCCAGCGAGGCGGCCAUUUCUUCAGCGUCUUACCCUGCCUCAGAUGCACGUCCGUUUCUCAGGGAAAGUGCGGCACCUGCAGCCGCUGCGGCACCCUCGUCUGACAAGGUGUACACAGGUCAAGUGAAAUCGAUCAGCAAUAAAAACGGCUACGGUUUCAUCGCCUG